UGCUUUUUUGUCACAACUGCGUCUAUCAAUAAAAAGAUGGUUGCUGCAACAUGUGUUCCUUCCGAUCUAUACCCAUACGUACAUAAAUUUUUGCUUGAAAAUGGUUUGCACAAAACUGCAAAGUACUUUAUAAAAGAAACAAAUAGUGAAUAUGCAUGUCCUUCAGGACUUUCUUUAGUUGAUAUAUUCAACAAGUACUUUAAUGAAACACAAAAUAAGAGAUCCUCUAAGAUUAUUAAUGAUGACGACUCCAUUGAAAUUCAUAAAUCAUUUCAAAAUGACGGCUUUGAAAUAGAUGGAAAAGACGGUGAAAAGGAUAAAAAUCUAUCCAAAAAACACAAAAAAGAACAAAAAAAGCGAAAGUUGGUUGAUGAUAAUCAUGAAGAUUCUGAAGCUAAAAAAGUCAAAACAGAAGAUAACUUAUCAUUAAAAAAGAAAAAAUCAAAGAAAGAGAAGAAGGCAACAAAAGAUUCUUUAGAAAAAUCGACAGAUGAAGUAGUUCAAGUAAUUAAUAAUGUUAAUGUUGAAAAAGAAUCAAGCAGUAUCGUGGAGAAUAUUAAAAAAGUUUUUAAGCCAACAGAAAAGAAAAAAAAUGAACCAUUUCGCAGAGUCAAAGAAGAGGAAAUACAUGUUGAUGAUAAGUUAAGAAACAACAGUUUUGAAGCAAAGAAAGGGUCUAAAGGUGAUUGGGGUGAAAAAGCCAACCAAGAUUUAAAAUUUACGAGAGGAAAAGGUUUCCGUCAUGAAAAAACAAAAAAGAAACGUGGAAGUUAUAGGGGUGGUGCAAUAAACACUUCUGUCAACUCAAUUAAGUUUGAAGAUAGUGAUUAAAAUCAUUUUGUUAUGAA